UCGUGCACUUGCUGCGGUUACGCGUACGGGACUGAUCGCAGACGGUUGAUCACCGGCAACGUAGCUAAGCAGACUCGCGUAUUCCGAAAGACAAGGCUGACACCUGGCUCCGGCCUAACAGGUGACAAGCUGGGGGCUACACCUUGGUCAUGAGGAGCGAGCGGGAGCCGCCGCCGGCCGCACUGAGGGGGAACCGGAGCAGUGACAGCCGAGAUGUGGAACUGAGCGGGACGGCGACCACCGCCAAACACCGGGAGGAGCGGAAGGCAACGCUAAGCAAGGUGGUAAUACGUCGUCUUCCACCAGGCAUAAGUAAAGAGCAACUGGAGGAGCAACUACACCCUUUGCCGGCAUAUGAUUAUUUUGAAUUCUGCACUGCUGAUCCCAGCCUAUUCCCACAUCUCUUCUCAAGAGCUUAUAUUAACUUUAGAAACCCAGAUGACAUCAUUCUCUUCAGAGAUCGAUUUGAUGGAUUUGUCUUCAUUGACAACAAAGGCCAGGAGUAUCCGGCUGUUGUUGAAUUUGCACCCUUUCAGAAAAUUUCCAAAAAGAAACUGAAGAAAAAAGACACAAAAGCUGGAAGCAUUGCAGAUGAUUUGGAAUACAAGAAAUUUUUGGAGAAUUACUGUGCAGAGGAAGAAAAAAUUUGUGCAAAUCCAGAGACUCUCCUGGGAGAAAUUGAAGCAAAAACAAAGGAGCUGAUUGCUAGAAGAACAACUCCUCUUCUGGAAUUCAUCAAAAACCGGAAGUUGGAGAAACAGAGAAUACGAGAAGAAAAAAGGGAAGAAAGGAGGAGACGGGAGCUGGAAAAAAAGCGAUUGAGGGAGGAAGAGAAAAGAAAAAGGCGAGAAGAAGAAAGGCGUAAACGGAAAGAAGCAGAUAAGCAAAAGAAGUUGUGUGAAAAAGAAAUACGUAUUAAGCUCCUAAAAAAACCUGAGAGGGGAGAUGAAAUCAUUAGUGAGAAACAAAAGGAGAAAGUAGAUGACAUUGACCAUGAAGAUUCCAAAUGGGAAAAAUCAUCUGGAAACAAUAAAGCGAGAACAUUUGAAAAUUUUGUGAAAGAACUAAAGGAAAAGACACAAAAUGGCAGUGAUAAGGAACAGAGAGAUAUGGAAAAGAGAUACAGAGAUAAAGAUCAAGAAAGACAAAGGUAUCAUCGAAUGGAUGAUGGCAGAAAACCAAGAAACCACUAUGAGUUUGACAAGUUUCUUAGAAGGAAUGAAGAUGACCAGAAGUGGGGAAAGGGAUUCAGCCAAGAUCGGGCCAAGAAAGGGAGCCACAACAACAGCUAUGCAGCGGAUGCUGUAGACAAACUGGGUAAAGAGGACAAGUGUGAUGACUUGGCAUCCAAAAAGGAGCGCAUAAGAAAUAAGGAUCGCCCGGCCAUGCAGCUGUACCAGCCAGGAGCUCGCAGUCGCAUAACUACAGGAUUUACAAAUAAAUAUAUAGAGGAAUCACCUUACAUAAAGAAUGAUGCAGACAACAUAUCUGGGAGAAGCUCAGAGAAGAGUGAACAUGCUGGAUAAACCACAGAACCUGAAAGAAAAGUAUUUAUACAAGUGCUUUGACUUUUGACUAUGGACACAAGAAGCUGAAGCCAAACCACAUGUUGCCUGCCUCAUUCUUGCCCUGGAAAGUAAAAAAAACAAAAAAAAAAACGUUACAUGCUUUCUUCUAACCCGUUUUGUGCCAAAGAGCUCCUAAUAAAUUGUACAACAGCCCCUUUACUGAGUUCAUAUUUAUGUCUUAAGGAGAGAGAAAGAAUACUACUAGUAGCUUUGAGCAGUCUUUUAUAUUCAUUAUGUUUAUUUAAAGGGGUACUCUGGGGAAAUAAAACUUAUCCCCUAUCCACGGGAUAGGGGAUAAGUCUCUUAUUUCUGAAGGGUCCAACCACUGGGAUCUCCUGUACAGGGGCCAGCUACUUACCCGUCCUGGGCACACUCGGGUCCCGCACUCCACACCUUUGGAAAUGGGCUUCAGUGAUGGCUUGCUCGGCAAGUCACCGGCUGCGCCGAACCCGGGUACCCCUUUAAUGUGAAAUGCUGGUAGACAUUUUAGUCUGAUCAAACUGAAAUAGCACAUACAGUUUUAUACAGUAAAAUUGUAUUAAUGUUUUUAACAACAUACUUUAGCGAGGUUAGUGUUACUUAUAGCCUUUCCCAUAUUUCUGUAUGCAAGUAAAUAAAACUAAUACUGUACUAAUUAUCUGUUAACAGUCUGUGUAUAUAUAUUAUUUUCUACAAUAAUAAGGUAUCAUCAUUGUUUGA